AUGCAGGGCUUUGACGGAGUGAACCCGCAGCAUGAACCCAUUGACACCGAGUCGGGCUACAAUGACAAGUUUCUCGAUGAGAAGCCCGUCGUGCCUCAGUUCCAGGAUGCCUUCGGGGAUGAGGCGAAUGCAGAGGUCAAAUACAAGACGAUGGAGUGGUGGCAAGCCGGAAUGUUCAUGAUUGCCGAAUCCGUUUCUCUCGGCGUUUUGUCUUUGCCCGGAACUCUGGCACAAUUGGGUCUUGCACCAGCUCUGAUUCUCAUCAUCGGUCUCGGACUUCUCGCGACUUAUACCGGAUAUGUGAUCGGUCAAUUUCACCGGCGCUACCCUCAUAUUCAGAACCUAGCAGAUGCCGGCGAUGUGCUCAUGGGGGCGUUUGGCCGUGAGCUGUUUGGCAUUGGCCAGCUCCUGUUUUCGAUCUUCAUCAUGGGGAGUCACAUCUUGACUUUCAGUGUGAUGAUGAACACUAUCACCGAGCACGGCACCUGCACCAUGGUUUUCACCACCGUUGGUUUCGUCAUUUGCAUGGUCUGCUCGCUGCCACGUACCAUGAAAAAUAUGACCUACAUUUCCUGCUGCUCGUUCGUCAGUAUCGUCACUGCCGUGAUCAUCACCAUGGUUGGCGUGAGCGUCCAGGACCACGGUUACACUGCUAUUAAGGCCACCAUUGAUACCGACCUCUACAGAGCCUUCACAGCCGUGACAAAUAUUGUUUUUGCGUACUGUGCGCACGUUGCCUUUUUCGGUCUCCUGGCGGAGAUGCGCGAGCCUCGCGAUUUCCCCAAAGCCCUUUACAUGCUUCAAGGAUUCGAGAUCAUCUUCUACACCAUUGCAGCGGUCGUGAUUUACUACUACGCCGGGCAAAGUGUCAAAUCGCCCGCUCUGGGGUCUGCAGGGCCUCUCUUGAGCAAGGUCGCAUAUGGAAUUGCCAUUCCCACGAUUGUAGGUGCGGGUGUGGUCAACGGCCACGUCGGACUCAAGUAUAUCUAUGUCCGCCUUUUCCGGGGCACGGACCGCAUGCACCGACGCGACCUGUUCUCAAUUGGAUCUUGGGUCGCUAUCGGCCUGUCAUGCUGGAUCAUUGCCUGGAUUAUCGCCGAUGCUAUUCCCGUCUUCAACAACCUGCUCAGUCUGAUCAGCUCCCUCUUCGCUAGUUGGUUCAGUUACGGUCUUGGCGGUGUCUACUGGCUGCAUAUCAACCGCGGGCGGUGGUUUUCCUCUCCUCGCAAGAUAUUCCUGACUGCUCUCAACAUGAUCAUCGUGCUGGUGGGCGGGUGUAUGUGCGGUCUCGGCCUCUAUGUGUCCGGUCGAGCUAUCCACGAGGAUUCAUCGAACAACAGCUUCUCCUGCGCCGACAACUCCAAAUAA